AGCUGGACGCCGAAGUGAGCGGAUUAGCUGAGAGCUUGUCGGUUUGUAGGAGUUUGUCUGUGCUUACGGGGUUUUAAUGAUGUCAGGACUAGAGAAUAUCGACCAUCCCGACUCUCUGUUUUCAUUUGAGCUCUUAGUGGAAAAUAUCCGGUUCAAUAAAGAGGCGAAAGUUUCUGACGAGUUAGCCGUCGGAGUGAGGCUGCUGGAUUUCCCAACGCUGCUCAUUUAUCAGCAUCAAGAGAACAGAGGAGGAGAUAACCAGCAGAAGGCAGCUGAGGAAGGAGAGCACGUCUUUAACAGAGGAAAGUGCUGCUUCUUUAAAAUGAACCGGAAGUCUCUGCACUCCCAGCUGUCCAACACUCCUCUGUACGCCAUGCUGCUGGAUGUUAAAGAAGACAUCCCCAAACUGGUGGGGACCUCUCUCAUCUCUCUGAAUAAAGUGAUGAAGAGGAUCAGACAGGAUGUGACGGAGCAUGGGCUCUCUGCUCCUUCGUCUCAUGGUGAGCGCGGGCUUGUUGGGGUUUGCAACCUCAGAGGGGAGAAAAUCGGAUCCAUGUCUCUGAGUUAUAAAAUGCAAAGUCUAGGAAGUAGCUUGCUGCAACAUGCAACAGAGAGAAAGGCGAUUCAGGGCAACAAUGCAAACGAAGAACUUGUGAAAGACAGCAACAAACCUGCAGAAGUAUCGCCUCUUGACUGUGGGAAUGCUUCUUCGACCACACAGGACAAGACUGAAACCUUGCAAAACAACGAUAACCAGGACCAAAGUGUGUGUAAUGAGCAUAAUGCAACAAGCCAAACUCCUGAAAAAGCAAAAGAAAGCCAAUUUGAAGAAGCCUCACCCAUAUUUCGCCCACCACAUCUCUUUUAUUGCAACACAGCUGAGGAGAGAAGCAAACAUGAAGCUGAUUGCACAUCAUUGAAUCCAAACUUAGAUAGUUUUACACUUGAUGACUCAGAGGAAGAAAGCAGAAGAUCUACGGUGGCCCAGAGUGGAAAACAAGACGUAAAAUCACCAGAAAACAGAGGAACAAGUGGUGUGACUCUGAAUGCCGUCAGUGAAGCGAUACAGCAACUGCCGCUGUUAAACGCCCUCCUUGUGGAGCUGUCACAGCUGAACGGACAGAGCCCACAGCAGCCUCUUUCUGUUCAUCCCAAUUUAGCCUGGAUUUACAGGCCUGCUUCUGCAGAGACGUCAGCCAUGCAAAACAAAUCACUGCACAAAACUAAAGGGAUUAGUCCCAAUUUAAAGCAUUUACAUUCCCCUAGAAACUGCUCUACACCUUCAGCUAGACCUGCGUCCUCAAGAGUGAAAGACAGACAUGAAGAGAGUCAGAGUUACAGCACGUCUCCGAGGAAGAGGCUUGUUUUUGGUACCACUAAAACAUUUAAUCUGAGGCUGAAGCAAGCAUCGCCCUUGAAAGGGACAAGGCGGGAAUGUGUGGAGUUAAUUCAGAAUAAAAUGCAGGCAAGUAUGCCUAAGGAGAAGAAAAAGACAAGUAAUAAGAUCAAGUCAAGUAAAAGAAAAUCAGAUCUGAAGCAGAGCUCUGUUAUUAAUGAAAAUAUUGAGACGAUGAUUGAGAACGUAGCAGAGGACCUUACACAACAGCAAACUAUCACAUUACAAAAGAGGAGCCUCCAAGAGAGUCCUAACUCUCUCAGGAAUUCAGUAAAACCAUCCUUUCCUGAAAGAAAAACAAAGUUUAUUCACAUCCCCAGUGCUGAAAGUGACAUUUCCCCCCAGAACAGAGACAUGAGCGAGCAUCACAGUGAAUCAGAUCAGUCAGACGCUGGCAGACACAGAGGGAGCACAGAGUCUUCCAGAAGCAGCAGACACAGCAGCUCCAAAUCUUCAUUUUCAGACUCUGCAGGAGGAAACGUAGAAGACGACUACGCCGAUGACUUUAACAGCCUCGAGCCCAGUGAUACUCUCUCUCCUGAUGCCCUGAGCAGCCCUGAGCUCUCCAGAGCCAAAACACCAAAGUCCCCCGUCCGCCCCCCGUCUGCCUCCGGCUCUGAGGGGGUCCACAGGAGAGCGGUCCUCCCUGUGCCUGUCAAAGCCCCCAGCUCCCCUCCACAGCGCGCCCUGAGAGGGACGCACAUCAUCCGACCUCGAACCCAGGGGUCGGCUCUCAGCUUUUCCUCGGAUGAUGCCGACAGAGACACGUCAGCUUCCAUACAGACCAUCCUCUCCAGAAAGGCGACAGAGAGCAGCAGAGAGGGACGGAGCUCCUUCACUGACAGUUUAACAUCACCAGGAGGUCUGAGGAGAGAGUCGACCAGAGACAGACGAGCAGCUCGAGGACUUUCUACAGAGUCAGCGUCCUCUUUUGAUCCAGAGGAGGUGGAGGACGAGCUCGGAUCACUGGACUUCAAACAAGAGUAUAAGCACAUCUCUGAGCUCGUGGCCAACAAACUCCCGGGUUAUACCAUGUGAAGAAAAAACUUUUAUAGUGAGAUUGUCAAAAUUUACAAUAUGUAUUUUAAAAUGAUGCAUUCCUCACUUUCCCAAUUUUGGGUGCUCAGGACCUGUAAUUUUUGCUCUGUUUAGGAAAAUUCUUUCAUGUUUGUUUUUAUUGUACUAUUGUGUUGUGUAUUCAGUCAUAUGCCCCGCCCACAUGGGCUUACAUGGCACCAGGAAUUUAACCUAAUCAGGGUCAGAGAGGACAGUCAGUCUUUCAUUGUCAUGGAACAGAACUUAACAGAAAUAUUGAGACAAAAUA